AUGUUUCUUUUCCCCAGGCGCCUUCGUGACAAGUUGUGGACUGACGCUUUACCUCCAUCGGGAUCCUUUGAGGGGCAGACAGUCCUUAUCACAGGGGCCACUUCUGGUCUUGGCCUCGCAGCUAGUAUGCAUUUUGCGCAAUUAGGAGCAAAAGUGAUCAUCACUUCACGAAGCCUGUCUGCAGGAGGUGUCGCUCGGGAACGCAUUGAACAAAGCGCAGGGGUUGUUGGACAGGGGAAAGUGCAGAUCAUGGAAUUGGACUUGAGCAGGUAUUCUUCGUGUGUUUCCUUCGUUGGUAGAUUGAAACAGAGUCAGAAUGGUCGUAUGGGCAUCGACGUUGCUGUCUUAAAUGCUGGGAUACUCAAUGUGGACUACAGUCAAAGUCCAGAGGGCUGUACAACGCUUGUGGGUCUACUUCUGCUUGACUGGAUGAAGCAUCAGGAUAGACCCAAGCCUCCGCAUCUUAUCUUUGUGACUUCUCGCGACCACCUCGACCCCGACAUCUCUGCCUGGGCUGGUAUUUCCGCUCAAAAUGGGAGCCUUUUGCAAUAUCUCAGUGACAAGCAGAAUUGGCGAUCUGGCACUUUGUCUCCCAACUAUGCCGAGAGUAAGCUUAUGUUGACUUAUGCUGUGGAGAAACUUUGUGAGAAAGCUGUGGGACCUGAUGGAAAGUAA